AUGGCACCAAUACUCACCACCAACCCGACCCUCACACUAACCCCCGAGCCUCUCACACCUAUCAACUUCGCACCAUUCGGCACAGCAAUCUGCUCUCCCAUCCCACGAGAUCUCAAUGUCGCUCCCCAGCCCUCAACUCUCCCACCAUAUAGUCCAGCUCCAGUCCUGGCAAACCAAAAUUCCGCCCUGAAAUACAGUCCCAUCUCCCCAAUGCUCGAUCGCUAUUCGACCGGUCCAUCUGGGACGGCCAGCUCCGCACGCAUGACAAUGUUCUGCUGCUUCCCGCGUCCAUUGCGCACGAUCACGCAGGGCCGAAGCUCUGAGAAAGAGGUAUUCGAUGUACGCAUCCUCGAGCGUCACCCCUUCACCAACCAGACAUUCAUCCCAGUCGAUUUGUCGAGCCACUCGAAGGUCGGCAAUGGAGAGGAGGAACCUAUCUUCUUGGUUGUUGUUGCACCUACUCUAAAGGGUGAGGUCGCAACGGCUAAGAACGCCGCGGGCGAGACGAUUAAAAUCCGGGAUCCACCUGAUCUCAAGAAUAUCAAGGCAUUUAUUGCGCGCGGGGGACAGGCUGUGACAUACGGUGUUGGGACGUGGCAUGCGCCCAUGGUGGUUUUGGGUCGUCGACGGGUGGACUUCGUCGUGGUGCAACAUGUUAACGGGGUUGAUGAUGAGGAUUGCCAAGAGGCUGCAUUUGGGGAGGGCAUUGUGGUGGAUUUGGGUGGGAAAGGAGAAUAUGGACGAAAAGCGAAUGAUCCACCGAAGCUGUGGACAGCAAAGCUCUAG